AUGGUUAAAGGUCCCCAGUUUCGAUCUUCUCCUCAGUCUGGCAAGUUCAAGUCAUCUAGAUAUCAUGGUUUUCGAUUUUAUUUAGACAAGCCUGGUUUUAACUCUUCUAGUUUCAAGCAACAAUGGAGUACAUAUUCUGGUUCUAAGCCUCAUGUUAUCCCAGAAUGUCAAAUCAGUAGUAAGAGGGUUCACCACUGCUGCCAAUUUGCCAGAUUUGUGGGUAAAAAAAGCCAUGGUGCUCUUGAUUGUUACCAUCGAGCUAAUUUUGCUUUUCAAGGGCAAGCACCACCAGCUUCUCUCCAGGCUAUGACUGCUCACACACAAGGGUUUGAGUCUUAA